AUGGAUACUAAAAGUACUAUUUUGACAGUCAUUGAAGAUGCCGCUGAGCAUGAAUUCAAAAAGAUGAACUUGGAACGCAAUAACUAUGAUCCAAAAGUUACACAACUGUCACCCCCAUCAAUUUCCUCAUCAUCAGACGAUUCUGAAAUGGAAGAUGACUCUGAUUCUGAUAAUGAAAGUGCUCAAUUGGAAUUAGGUGCUGGUUCUGAGAAUUGUGAUCCUAAUCAAACAUUAGAAGCCGCUGAAGUCAACAAUAAAGCUGGCGAGAACCCUGAAUCAAAUGAAAAAGAUGAAUUUCGUGGUAGACCAUCUUCAUGUGUUUUUGUUGCAAGUCUCGCUUCAAGUAAGACUGAUGAUGACUUAUCCAUUUCUGUCACCAAGCAUUUUGAACAAUGGGGUGAAUUAGCUCUAGUCAAAGUUUUGCGUGAUCCAUCUAAUAGGCCAUAUGCUUUUGUUCAAUAUACCACAGAUGAGGAUGCCAAAAAAGCUUUGAGAGGUGCUCAACAUUCCAUGUUGGAUGGUAGAUCAAUUCGUUGUGAACCAGCAAAAGUCAACCGUACUUUGUACAUUGCAACAGCAACAGGUAUUGACCUCCCAUUGAAAAAUGUUAAAGAAGUCUUGGAAGUUUAUGGUGAAGUUGAACAGAUGGUAGGUAAUAAUGAUUCACAAUUUAGAAAGUCAAAUUUGAACAAAGCAUGGUUUUGCAAAUUUGCAUAUAGGGAUGAUGCUAUCAGAGCUUACGCUAAUUUACGUCUAAGUCCUGAUUGGAUUGUUGAAUGGGCUCAAAACAUUGAAUCACCAAGUGACUUAGCUGCCAAGGUUGAACCUGAAGUUGUUAUUGAUAAGUUUUCUGUUUUCGUUGGUCAAUUGGAUGCUCGUGUAACAAAAGAAAACCUCAAUGAAAGAUUUUCUAGACAUGGAAAGAUUGUUGAUAUAGUCUUGGUUAUAAGAGCAGGCAAUAAUUUUGCAUUCAUCAAAUUUGAAACUGAAAAGGCUGCUGCUGCCGCUGUUGAAAGAGAAAACCAUGCUGUCUUUUUAGACAAAACCAUGCACGUCCAAUACCGUGAACUUCACCACAAGAAACCACACUUUGGUAACAACCAACCAAGAUUAAACCUUGCUCCACCACCAGUUAACCUCCCAGUUAGAAGAGCAAGUACCGGGUCUUCUGUUUUUUCAAAGCAAUUUGAUCCAAGACAACAACAAAUGGGUAAAUUUGGUAUGAUUCCAAAUCUGCAUCCACCUUUUCAACCUGCACCAACUUCUUCAAAACAUCUUGGUCCAAACAGUUUUGCCCUGAAUCGCUCAGUUUCAUUCAGUAAUGACAACACCAAUCUGAAAUAUCGUUAUGGCCAAGUUAUUGGUUAUCCAACAUCUGCAUCUUAUGAAAAUGAUAAGGCAAACACCAUCAAUACACCUUCAAAAGUCGGAUCCCAUGAUAAUUUCAACACGCCAAAUGAUAAGCAUACUCCUGCAUCUUCUCCAAGUAACCAUACUGUCAAUUCGUCACAAGGAGAAGCUAAAUCAACUUACUCUUCAACUAAUGUAUCUGUUGGUGACCAUCUCAUUAACGAUGAUUUAACUGAUCCAACAAGUGGUUAUGGUACAACAAAAUCAACACAUUCCAAUAGAAGAAACUAUAGCAAAAUGUAUCAACAAAACCAACCUCUUCCAUAUUAUUACUAUGCAUUACCAAAAGAAAACUAUCUGUACGACCAGUCAUCAUAUCUUGCAUACUCAUCUUACCCAUACUACUAUCCAGAUGCAUCACUGAUUGAUUUUCAACAAUCAUCUCUGAAUUCAGCAGCUCAUCCACCACCAACCCCAUACUAUAUGUAUUAUGGUGUUCCACAAGCUCCAAAUUUCCCGGAUUCAAAAAAUGCUCAAAAUGCUGGUCAAUUUGAUCUUGUUCCUAGGGAGUCUGAUGAAAGUGCUCCUGAAUUAGAUUACUGA